UGGAUUUUAUUGGCUUCUUUCUUGUUGUGCUUUCGUCUUGGCUUGUGGCGUCAUUGCUUGUUUUCGCGUCUGAUUUCAUUUAAAUUUGAUUUGUGCUCUCUGGUCUCGUGAGUCUCGUGGAGUUGUUGGUGUUCUCUAAAGUUGUAAAUGUCAUCCAGUCACUGUGUUAGAGACAAAAGUGUUCUAUGAAGAUAUGUAUCUUCUGUGUUUGACGUCCUCAGCCCGCUACCGUUAGUAAUGAUAGACCGAUUGUGAUUUUGCUAGUGACACGCUCACUCUCUCAUUCAUCUCAUCAAUUUGGGGUUCAAUCCUUCAUAUUGUAUGCCCUCAGGAAGGUUGAUGAUUUGCCGAAUGGACCCAGAAAACUCAUAGAAUCCUAAAAUGCAUCCAGCAGUUGUUGACCCGAAAGUCUCAUUGGAAAGCGUUGACUUGGCUCAAAUGCCAGAUGCAAUUCCCAAUCGAGUGCUAUGUCUUGAAGAUGAUGUCGAGAAAAUGAGUCUUGAUUCAAUAUCAAAACCACCGCUGGACUCGACGGACUCCUCUGUGGAUGAGGAGCUGCCAGUAGGCCCGAUUCUUCAAGUAGAACAUGAUCCUAGAAACACUGUGACCAAUGAAAUGGGUUGGAUUGAUGGUCUACUGGGUUGUUUGCGUCCUGUGUGGACCAUCAUUGGCAAAGUGACGACCAAUGAAAUGAAAGCAACACUCCAGGAUGAUUGGGAGAUUGCUUUCGAAACCAUCAGUGAUCUGCAAUGGCUUGGAUCUGGGGCACAAGGUGCUGUUUUCAGUGGGAAACUGAAAAAUGAAAUUGUAGCUGUUAAAAAAGUUAAAGAACAAAAAGAAACUGACAUUAGGCAUUUGAAGAAGCUGAAUCAUCAAAAUAUAAUUAAGUUUAAAGGUGUUUGUACACAAGCUCCGUGCUAUUGUAUUAUCAUGGAGUUCUGUCCAUUUGGUCCACUUCACAGUCUUUUGAGGAAUGGGGAAGAAGUACCACCUCGGCGGCUGGUCUCAUGGGCGAAGCAGAUCGCUAGUGGCAUGCACUACCUGCACUCAAACAAAAUCAUACAUCGGGACCUGAAAAGUCCCAAUGUUCUCAUUGGUCAGGGAGAAGUUGUGAAGAUUAGUGAUUUUGGCACCAGCCGCGAGUGGAAUGACAUCAGUACAAAAAUGACAUUUACCGGCACUGUUGCAUGGAUGGCUCCAGAAAUUAUUCGCAACGAACCAUGUUCUGAAAAAGUUGAUAUCUGGUCGUAUGGUGUUGUUCUUUGGGAAAUGUUGCUCUGUGAGAAGCCAUACAAAGAUGUUGACUCAUCGGCAAUAAUCUGGGGUGUUGGUAGCAGCUCUUUACACCUUCCGAUACCGUCGUCCUGUCCUGAGGGCUUCCGGCUCCUUGUCAAACAGUGCUGGAGUGCCAAGCCACGGAACCGACCCUCCUUCAAACACAUCCUCCUGCAUCUCAAUAUUGCAGGAGCAGAGGUUCUUCAAACGUCGCCAGAAAAGUAUUUUAAAGCUCAGGUCAAAUGGAAGGAGGAAGUGCAAUCUCAUAUGCAGCAAAUGCAAACCAACGGCAGCAGCGUUCCAAAAUUUGAGGAAGCAAAUGCCAAGAAAAUCAAUGACGAACUGAAACAUACUCAAGACAUUAGAGAACUUUAUGAGCACAAGCUGGAAAAAGUUCAUGAUCUCUACCUGGAAGUUCGUGCGGCUAAGUUCCAAAUUGAGCAACGGGAGAAAGAAGUAGCCAAACGUGAAAAGCAGCUAGCUAAAAUGAAUAAGAAACGUUGUUUCAAACCGGUGUCAAGGCAUAGCGAUAGGUAUCCUAAGCACCGAAAGUCUGAAUCUUCUACGCCAUCUUCUCCAGACUACCCUCAUUUCAAUACAAAUUACACAAGUCAGAUGAAGCUGAAUGACAAAAUGCUGUCACCUGUGAAAGUGCCGUUAUAUACUCAGUUGAAUCGAAUCUCAAAACCUGAGUCUGUUGUUGGAACCUCUCCAACUCAGCCUCGUAGAAGUAAAUCUAAGACACGAGCAACCAACCCUUCCAAAUAUAUGUUCCUAACGCUUUGUCCAGAAACUGAGGUUGAUAACUGGAUCUGCAAUAAUACUAGGGUAAGCACAGAGACUCAAACAGAAUCGCUGGAUCUUUGUCAGAUUCCGAUCGCAAGGGGCGUAAGCCGGACAACAUCUCCGUCGCCUAUUCACAUGGGGAGUCCAACUGACAGUCUCAAUGGAAACACUAUUUUUAUGAAUCAGGUGACGGGACGAAAGUGGGCUGACAGGCCGAGUGACGAUGAUGAUGAUCAUCUAGAAAGCCUUGGGCGGAAAGUGACUGAAAUUUUAAACGUUAACUCAUCCCACCACCCGGAAGACAGCUCUGGGCGAGACGAGGAUGACUCAAACUCAAAUCAUCUAGUUUAUAUUCUCAGGCGAAAAAGCUCAGGACGAAGACCCAUAGGACCCGGUUCCAGAAUCAGGCGGCAUCAUAGGUCUUCCUUCUCUUCAAUCACUCGCUGUGCAAUAGAUGAUGAAAAUGCCGAUAAAAUGUCAAUCUCUUCUGACUCACAACCUCAAAAGAGAACUGCAAAUGGUAUAAGUUCCGACUCGGACAUUGAAUCCAACAGUCUCAGACCGCAACAAAAUCUGGAUGAACAAGCUCUCAACCGUCUACAAAGCAACUGUAUUGUCUAGUUUUACUCUGUCGCUCACAGUCUAAUAAUUUAUUUUACUUAAGUUACUUUAUCGUUAAGUUACAACUGUUAGUCUGAAAUAUUUUUUAACUUCCAAGUGUAGCUUAAGUCUUAGUAUGUUCUGGAUGAGUCUUUGGUUCAACCAGCCAGCGGCUCAUUUUUAACAAAGCGUGCUUUCGGUGUCUCAAAAUAUGACAAGUAUUUGUUUUUGUUGUAGCUAGUCCAUAGUUUGUGCUAAGAAGAAUCUCAAUUCUCUCCUUUUUUUUGAAGGAAGUUGCAAUUAUAUACAUUCCCAGUGAAA